CCAAGCCACUUAUCUAUAGAUCUGACAGAAUUCGGAUUUAGUCAACUGACGUCAGGCGGGCCUCCCCCACGCUGACAAAUGAGACCGAGGGAAAGUGGAAGCGCCGCUUUCUAUCGACUCAAUCCAAUCACGCUUGUGCUGCAGUCCCCGUCAGCCACGUUGACUAAACAUGGAAUUCCCAUGAUUGAGACCCGAUCGCUUCCACUUGCCUGUCCUCCAACUUGCUACCCACUUGGUUUCGAGUGGUGACAGCGUGGGGAAACUAGAUGCCCAUGUAGCAACGCUGAAAGAAACCCCAACCGCCACCUUCGUUUCCUCUUCCCCCAAUUCCUAGUCUCGAUCCUGCUCUUGGGAUUGCGUGACACAGAGGGUGGAAAUGGUCAAAAAGAGGACAAGGCUGGGAUGUCUUAAUUGUCGGCGGCGGCGCCGGAAGUGCGAUGGAUUGCGUCCAACGUGCAAGAGCUGCGGAUUACGAGGCCACACUUGUGUGUAUGGUCUGAAGGCGUCCUUCCACCACUCUCGGAAUUCAACUCUGUCGUAUAAUGAUGCAGUCGAUUUGGCGAGAGUAGAAGCAGGGGAAAAUAUUCAGAAUCCGCAGCCUAAUAAAUACCUGAUCGUUGAUGAAACGCAGAAGAUCAUCAAUGAGUACCUUACUGAAAAUGGCUACGCUUUUGAUUUAAAAGAGAUCUAUGCUUCGCAAGACGGUGGCGAUAAUUUUAGCCGUGAACCCGCCGCUCUGUUUGAUUCUCACCAUGCACUUCCUUGGACUCCACAUUCAGGACAGUCCAUACCUCAAAAUGUUGCCUCUUCAACCCCCCAAGACAGCUAUAUAACGCCAUUUUUUCUAGGGCAAGCAGCAUAUUCUGAUACUUCAUUACAUGAGCUCUCUCUACCGGUGUCAAAAGCAGAAAAGGCCCACCUAAUUGCAUCAUAUCUGCAAGAAACAGGAACCUGGUGCAAUACUACAGACUCGUCAAUGCAGUUCACAGUUGAAAGUAUCCAUCACAUGAUGAAAGCCCCAGCCUUUGAAGCGGCAGCCAUGGCUCUAGCUUCCCGCCAACGGGAUAAUGUUGAGCAGUUCCAACACGCCAUGACACUCGAACUGUAUCAACACACCGUUCAGUUGUUGAUUCGUCAGGCCCCAGCUAAAGCUGAUGCCUCAAUAUUGGCCGCCUGUACGCUUCUCUGCGUGUACGAAAUGAUGGUUUCACCGGUGUAUGAAUGGAGACGACAUUUAAAGGGCUGCGCAAGUCUAUUGCAAGCCAAGAAAUGGAAUGGCUCCAGCAAUGGUAUAGUCAAAUCGUGUUUCUGGGCUUUUGCUCGCAUUGAUAUUUGGGCGGCAUUUAUCAGUGGAAAUUCAACCCUGAUUCCAACGGAUUUCUGGUUGGACGACAUGUCGUUACAAUCUGUCGCCGCUAAAGGAGAUAUUGAUGACUAUUGCAAUCUUUCUAUCCUCACAUUUGCCAGGAUUGUGAAUUUAUUGGCCCCCGCUGGUCGUGACGAUGAUUCUAUCGGGGUGUCCUGCAAUGCUCUGUGGGAUGAUCUUCAGACCUGGUAUCGAUCUCGUCCUACUGAGGUUGCUCCACUGGUGAGGGAAACCCCUUCGCCCCCUAAUGUCUUUCCAUCGGUGGUAUUUAGUCGAUCAUCGUCUAUCUGCGGCAGUACAUUCUACCACGCGGGGUCCAUCCUACUCCUUCAAACAGGUCUCGUGCCUCAGGCCCAGAGCGAAACGGUAUGGCACGCACGAGAGUUGGCAGGUAUCUCCAUAUCAAAUACUUCCCACGCCAAUUGGGUAAACCAGGUGCAGCCUCUUUAUAUAGCGGGAGCAGCUUUUAAGGGUGAGAACACAUGCUACAAUGAGCUCUACGAGCUAGACGGAUUGCGCACUCGCCCCGCUCGGGUCGGUCCCAUUGUUAAUGGUAAUCGAAACGCCAAUGGAAAACGAGUAUCCAGCGAAGAGUAUGCCACAGAAAAGAUUAUCUUGCUAAAGCACCUGGCUUUGAUUGAGCGGGAGACAGGCUGGAAGACGGCAGAUCGAGCAGCUGAUUUGAGAAGACUCUGGGGGUUCGGCUAACCGAUGCUGGCAUGCAAAACUACCAUUUCGACAGGAAGCCUCCAUCCACAGGCAAGCAAAUACCAGUUACAUACGACGAGCUGCCCGACGCAAGCCAAAGCGACCCCUGCGC